UACUCAGUCUACUGUCGGGAUGCCGUCAUUGCCGUCAUUGCCUUCGAUCCACCUCGAAGAACCAACCUUUCGCAUUGUGCGCAUAACGACGAGAUCGAUCCCGGGACCCGCUACUUUUUCCAUUAGAGUAGUUUGCACUGAAAUACCAUAUCGCGACGAGGGGCAGGAGGAUUCACCGAUGAUAACCCGCAAUUAAAGCUAUCAUGCAGCGUCCCAUUAUCGCGGGGUGUGCGCAAGACGAGAGUUAUUGAUUCUCAUUGCGAACGAACCGUGGUAAUUCGACGAGCAUACUCGGAGAACACCUGGUCGCCAAGGACUAUUUGAAGUGUUAGUGUAGUUUUAGAAGCCAAGAUGAAGAUCGGACUGUUGAAGCACUUUAUGCACUACUUCAACCUGAGGCAGGGUACAAUAGUAAUCGCCAUAUUCCAAAUGUUAACUUCCGGGUUGGGUAUGAUAUUCUUCAUUCUGGGUGUGACGCACGCAUUGGGGAUUCAAGAAAUGUUGGCGAGAGAUACCGAAGAUGCACUCGAAAGGGAGGCCUUGGAGGAGAUAUCAUCAUUCCAUCUCAACAAAGAAAAGUUGGAACUGGCGCAUCACACCGCAACCGAAUUGGAAUACGCGAUGUAUUGUGGCCUCGUCAUCACAGUUGUCCACUUCAUCUCUAGCGUGUUACUUCUCUAUGGGGCUUUGACGAGCAAUCGUCAUUUUAUGACGCCAUGGAUGAUAGUCAAGAUCACUAUUAUAGCAGCUUUAGCGAUCUCAUUAUUCCUGGUAGAGGAGGAUUGUCCUUUCCUUGCUAGUCUAGGUGGUAAAGCUGAUAUUUGUCAACGCUUAAUCGUCUUUUUCCUGAUAAUCGCAAGCUUUUAUGUCUGGUUCGUGGUGUACAGUACUUAUAAGAGCCUCGAGACAAAGAAGGGACUUACGCACGAAGUACACAUUAUGAAAAAAAAGUACGCAGUACCCGUACCGCUGGAGGUACCAAAAGCGGUCCAGAUUUCGGUGAACAAGCCUUACGAAAUUUAAAAAUAUUAUGAAAUAGCAAUGGAGAAUUUCUUUGUCAAUGUGCGGUUUUACGGGGUAAAUUACGAAGAUGAGGAAACCUCGUAAUUUACUCCGUAAAACCACAAGAUUCAAUCGCGAUAAGAUCUCAAUGACGUAGAUACAUUUUGAAAAAUCAUGUACUUUUGGACAAGUUUGGAAAUCGGGAUGGCAAGUUAGAGGUAAUUACAAAAUCGUGAAAUAAAGUACAUCUCGAAAGUGAAAUAAUUGAUUGCAAACUGACGAAAGGUAAUAAAAACGUGUAUCGCACGUAUGGGAUAAAGAAAGUAAAGCUCAAGAAGAUCUGCAAAGAACGCGUUUCUCAUAUUUGAAUGUUUCUCCUUGUUUUUCCUUGUUACAGUUGCAUACUUCUUUACGUUCGUGCGUUAAGAUGGUUCUUUAAUGCGACGCACAGAUGCUAGUAUUUAUUUAUUACGAAGAAAACUGUUUUGCUAAAGUAUUUAAAUAUUUAUUGUUAAAUACAGAUUUAAAAAUAAUUUUGUUACAUCACCAAAAUAAUUGUGAGACACCCCAGCUGCUUGUUUAAAUGUCAAAACUUAUUACAAUUGCUUAUACUUGAGUGUUCUAUACAUAUCUUGAUGGCCAAACAAAAUUAUUUUCAGAUUUAUAUUUAAUUAAAUUUUUUAAUACUCCAGUAAAAUCGUUCUUUCUAUGCACCAUACUCUUUACGUGUGACAUACAUUUUGGCUUUCCAUCUGUCGAGAUUCUAAUGGAUAAAAAUAUCACAAUUCCAAAAGUAAUAUCUCUCUUUGUGCUGUGAACAAAUGCGCACUUUCUUUCAAGCGCAAGACUGAAUUUAAUUUUUUAGCAUAAACGAGCAAGGUCUUCUCGGGGGAUCUGCGCUCGAUAGAGUGACAUCGAAAACGCUAUAUAUAGAUUAAUUUAUUUAGAGAAAUAGUAGUGCAGGACUCUGAAUCGUGGAAUAAUCAAUUUUAUUUUAUAUUUAAACCCAAUUUGUUUGUGAAAUUACAACCUCAUAAUCUGCGGCAAUAUCCGUGUGAUAUAAAGUGUAGAAUCUCUCUUGCAUAUAUGUAUAUUAAAUGUAUGGAAAAAAACAAAGUAAAAAUUACAAUACUUCAGAUGUAUAUGUAUACGACGUGUAUAUGAUAUGAUUCGGCUAUGAAACAAUGUCGUGUUCAACGAAUCGCCAAAAACGGAUGCGAUUAUAACAACAAUCUAUUUAUAUUAAAUGUAUGAGAACAUAAAAAUAAAAAUUAUAAUACUUCAGUAGAUGUAUAUGUAUAUGAUGUAUCUAUGAUAUGAUUUGGUUACGAAACAAAAGUCGUGUUCAACGAAUCGCCAAAAAUGGAUGCGAUUAUAACAACGAUCUAUUUAAAUAUCGUUUCAAAAUCGUCGAAGAGGAUGUAUAUCACUUUUAUAUAUAAUGCAUUUAUAUAUAAUGAAAAGAUUUGCUGGGCUACGAAACACAUGAUCAAUAAGGAUAUAUAAUUGCAUUGCAAAGCGCUUACCGCGAAGCUACGGCAAAUGAUUAUUUGCUUUUUGUCACAAACAUGUUUUAAGUCUAAUCUACAAUGUGCUCUUUGCUUCUUCAUGGAAAGAAAAUAUUUGCUAUGACCGCUAAUCCUAUACUAUAAAUUCCAUUAUACAGGGAUCGCAAAUUAUUUGCAAGUAUACUUAUUCUUAUUCGAACAAAUAUAUUUAUUCUAUUUUGUAUUUGCUAUAAAUAGCAAACAAAUUGGACAAUUAAAUUUUACAAACCUUUUACGUCCAUAAUUAUUUUUUUCCCGUGCUGUUUCUAAGUUUUUAUUGCUUUUUACCUCUUAUCUUUUUGUCUGUUAUUUUAUUUCUUCGUUUUCCGUCAUCCAAGAUAAAGGUUGACGAACUUCGGAAGAGACAAGAAACACGUGACAAGAAACGCCGCGAUUGUCGAUGAAACGGCAGAGAGAAAAAGUAAGAAACAGGAAG